GGCUCCCUCCGUUCUGGGAGUGUUUCGCAUUUAAACAAACACGGUCCUGACGAAGAUGGCGGAGAGUUUGUAGAGGCAUAAAAUAAACUGCUACACUCAAUGAAAGCGACGAAGCCGGUGAGUGUUUUACAAUCACUUUCAAGCCCAGUUUGAGACAAGUUUUGAACUAAUACUCAUUGUGUGUUUGAGACUCAAAUUUUGUCACCGCUGCAAUUGGUGUUGCUCCGCUUCCGAGCAGGCUGUGGUUUCAGGCGACCGUGAUACAAUGAACCACAUUACCACUGUCUAUUUGUUGUAGGAUGUUUUCCUGAUACAAGCGACACAAAUAAUGCAGACGAUUUGAUAGUAACACAAAGCUUUGCUCGCUAUUGUGCAGUUUGUGUUGUUUUCGAUAUUUGUAGGUGUUUCCAUUAUCCGAUGGCUGCAAAGUUUACGAGACACAGCCUCUGUGGUACGGUGGGGUCCAACAGCACAGUUCAGACACUCAGCUCUGCAUAUAUGAGAGGACUCGUCUGUGUGUUCAUACGAUAAGUGUAACUUGAAGCGACACAAGGCUGUGUGAAUUGUCCACAAUAGGUUGGAAUAGCUUUGGGAACUAUGAUUUUAUGUACCGGACGGUCUUGCUUCCUUACAGUUUCGGUGUCAUGUAUGAGUUUUCUCUAUUUACAGGAGUUGUCUUGUGUCACAAAAUCAAAACUAAAACUUUUUAUCGUUUAUUCUCACUUGUUUCCUGCCUGUUUCGUUCGUGGAGCUGGUGUUGGACUUUUAAAUCUCUAUGCAGAUCAGCAACCCUGCGCACUAGGAGCUGUUUUCUCGCCCUUCAUGUGCCUCACGAUUCGCAGCAACUUCUAUCAAAUAACAACAAACCGAUUUCACUGACUGUGAGUCAACAUUUGAAGAGAAUAAGUCUUAUUUUCUUGAAGUUCAUGUUAUCAUGUGAACCAUCCAAGGGUCAUGUGGACAUCUCUGCCCCCUCUACUGAUUACCAAACUUGAAUGGACCGCUCUGGAGAAUCAACAUCUGCUAUUUAUUUGCAUCACUCCAGUGAGAUCAUGUACCUAUCCGUAAUUGUUAUGGUUGGUAUAAUGGCCCAUCACACUAUGAUAAAUGUUGGCUUUCAUAGCUGAUAAAUCAAAUUAAGUAAAUGUGUGUGCUUGGGAGACACGCAGAGGGAGAUGGAUGUGUUUUAGUGCAGGGGAGUCUGAAACUUGUCAGGGUUCAGGUACAGUCCAUUCAAUCUGCUCUGACUGGACAAGGUGUAUUCUUUGCACUGUGUUUCUGAGCAUGUGACAGGACGGUUUUUGGGGCCAUGCCCAUGUGUAGACCGACAAUGAAAAUACAUGUUAGUCACUCCUCCGGAACGACAGAGGUGUAGGUGUGUUGUCGCUCUCUAUGCCUGGGGCCAUCCCUGCCAAUACUUGCAGGUAUUUACAGUGAAACACACAUUUUUUUAUCUCAAAGUAUCUGAAAUUAUUCAAGUGUUUGCUCGGAUAUUGUUUCUUUUUAUCUACAAAGGGGUGGAAAUGAUGUUGGAAAUUACUAAAAGCAGAUCAGUCAUUAGAAUGGGCUUUUAAAAUUCAUGUUGCUGGCCAUGAACAUGUGAACUGGUGCUUCUGGCUGUCUUCAGCUCUGUGAUGAGUCAAUUGAUUUGAUUUUGAGGAUGGUGGAAUGCCAUUACUCAAGUCCAUGUAUGGGGUAUUUUUGUAAGUGCUCGAAUACCACUGUGGGAACCUGUCCAAUGAAGUGCUUCUGCUCAUAUUCUUGGCAAAUGGAGCCCCCUGUCCCCUAUUCUCUCUCCCUUUAUCUACCUCUUUCUUUCUCCCUCACACAGGGUGUCAGGCUGCGUUAACAAUGAAUCAAUCUUUGGGGGGAUUCUUUGACUGCAGAUGGGGUGAAGAGUGACUGGGAUGCAUGGCUUUCACUCUUUGUCUGUUGGCCCCUGCGCUCUCAAUAAUUCAUUAACUUAUCACUUUUUCUCAUGAGACUAGGAGAAGUCUCUGGAGUAGAUUGUGGGGUUACAUCAGAGUCCCCGAUUGUUAUUCGGACCAUUGUACAUGAGUGGCAAAACCCACUGUGAGAUCUUUGGUUGUAGAAUAUUUUAAAUCCAGUUUACAAUCGUGCAAAGAUGUUAAAUAUUUAUUUUCUGCGAUAAAGUGCUCAUGUACUUGAUAAAAUCUUUGUAGCAUGAAGACCAUGUAAUACAUCUGUGUAAUGAUACACUGGAUUUGUAUGUAUGGAGGGGUCAGUGAAAUCCACACAGUGUUGGAUUUUAGGAGAGAUAUAAUUCUGUAUAUUGCUCCUUUUAGUCUCAGUGAACAACUCAGAGUUUGGUGCCAAUGUUUUGAUUCAUUCCAGUUUAGUUACAUCUCAUGUAAUAAUGUGUUUCUGUGCUUGGUUGGAUUAGCUUUCAGUUACAGCUCAGUAUUAGAAAAAGAGCAAAAAUAAGCGAGGAGCUUCCUGCUGUUGAGAGGCACAGGCUCUUUUGAUAAGUGUCUCUAAUCUGUCUUUGUCGAGCUGCAUUUUUUGCAUCAGUGAUAUCUGAAUAGAUGACAUUCCUUAAAUGUUUGUCAGUGUGUUCGCCUCAAGAGAAACUGAGGGACAGUCGUAACAAGUUUCGUAUAAGUAACUGCCAAUUGCUGAUGUGAUUCGGGUUCAGAUUCAGACUAAUAGGUGCGUGGGAGAGCAGACGGUUGUUGUUGACAUACAAAGCAGAAAGGAAAGCCUCGUUGUGCCCUUAAUUGUAACAUGAGGCCUUGGUCUUCAAACCUUCGAGUUAGGCAGUACAAGUAGUAUUAGUCGGGAAAAAUAAAAGGUACAUUUCCUAAACCUAUUCAGAAAAGAUGAUUUUAAAAUGUCAAGUAGAUGUGUUUUUCCGGUUGCCAAGUCCAGUGAGGGUUUUCAGCAGUUCAACAGGAUUCUGUGACACUUUGCUCUGUGCUAUUUAGACUUGACUCUGACGUUUCAUUGGAGGCCGUUUUACAACCACGGCUGAAGAACACAAAAGUUUCCUGUGGUCAGCUCAAGCUGUGUAAAACAUCCUGUUAAGUUCUCACAUCUCAAGGUCACUAAUGUAGCGAUAGUCAUCUCUGAUUUUGUGUUUCUUGAGGUUCUCAUACCACACAUUGGCGUGUUGGUGUGCAAACUCAACAGGUAGGUUUGCUUUGUGUGCCUACCUCAGUGUGGCUAAAUAUAGAAAACUGCUCAACAAGACAGUCGUGUUUCCACUGCUAAAAUAUUUACAGCCACUUCGCCCAAACGAGUGAGAGUGAGAAUGUGAGACGAGGGCUGCUGAAACCAGAUUUUUAUUCACUAUUCAGAGGAAGCCAGACUUCUCAGCCCCAAGUCAAGCCGUGCACUCUGACUCUAUUUGAAGUCACAUCUCAUUCAUCCCCCAGGUCCCCUCUUCUUCAACUCUAAGGUAAUACCCGAGUGUUAGGCUUAGCUGAGCCAUAUGUGAGCCAUGCACACUUCUUCAAGCCAAACGGGCAGCCUGAAGCAAUCAUUGCACCCAAUUCCAGUUUAUAACCAGCAAGGAUUUGGAACAGUUCUCUCUCUGUAGUCUUCAUUGAUUGGACGAAGGCAAGAGUUUAUUAGGGAAGGGGGUGCCAAGAGCUUUGUCCCCCACCCCCUUGCCCUUCCUCUUUAACUUCAACUCCCCCUUUAACUUUCGCUCCCCCAGCUGAAGAAUGCUCGUAAAAAGGGUUCACCUGAACAAGCCAGUGGGAGGGUAGCUCCUUGGCCCAGUUUUGUUACCAUUGUAAAAAUUUAGCAAGACCUUGUUUGUGUUUUGUUUAGGGCCCCCUUUUAUAAAAAAAAAAAAAAAUGCUCUGGGGGAGAGACAGCAAGGUUGAAAAAAAAAAGUUUGGUUUGUGAGAUAACUGCUACCAGAUGCUCCCCCUGUCUGUUAUACAACGUAAAGAGAUGAAGAAAAAGAGGCUGGUAAAGAGGAGAGGAGAAAAGACAUGCUGUCAUGGAUGAACUUUUCAACUUUUGCAUGGAAAAAUUCCAUCUUUCUCCGGUCUCAACUUUUCCUUUCCUGUGUUUAUUCGGUUUCUAUAAACAUACACUAAAAUGUAAAGGUUCCAUCACAUAGAAAUAUAUUGGUGUGCAUGAAAAACAACAAGGUCUAGGCUGCAAAGGGACCAGGUUUUCUAUCCAACAAGGCGUACCUCCACUGUCCUUAACGUGCUGCUUUUUUUUAUCCAUUGGAAAUUGUUGAUUUUGUUUAUUUCCUUCAUUUACAUCAUGCGCUUCUUCUUCCUCUCCACAUUUCUAAGAUCAAAUAGGUCGACUUGUAUGUGGUAGUGGGGGUGGGCUGGUUUGUCUGCCUGGUUUGUGGCUGGCAUCACACUGCAGUUUUGAGUCGUGAGGGGGUAAACUCAAGACUAUAUGACCAUGCAAACAAAGACAGUAAGAGUAGACCGUCACCUCUGCGUCUUCUGAGCUCCUUUAAUCAACAAAUGAAGCAGUCCUUCUGCUCACAGCACUCCACUAGACACCAUUUAUAUUUCCUACUUUAUUGUAUCCUUGAGUUCAAAGAAAAGUCAUGUUGUGAAUGACAGACAACCAAGCCGACGGUCAAGGCUCCAGACUUACUACAGCAUGUCAACACUAGCAAUGCAUGCGCCAUAUAAUUUAUAACCAUGUUUCUUUUCACCAUCACUCAUUAUUAAAUGGGACCGAUCUACACAGCCCCCCCCCUUUUUUUUUUUUCUACGAAGUGGAAAAUGUUCCUUUCCCCACUACUGCUCCUCGCUGUGCCUGCUGACAUCACUGUUGUGCAUGCGGCUUGUCGUUAAGGAAACGCUCCAAUCAAAAGGUUGCUGCUCUGGAGCUUGUUGUCCCCAGAGUAGCCAGCCAAAACCAGCCUCCUGACAUUGUAACGAAGUCUGUGAUGUAGAAGUUUACUACCAAAGAUCAGUCACAAAAGUUGGCCAUUCAUCCUUCACAAAGACGGGGUUUCAUGUCGUAUCAUUCGAUUUACAACUUUGCAAGCGACUGCAGCAUUUUAGUUUGUUACGUUGUCCAGGACGCUCUUUCUGUUUCUAUUGCUUAACUUAUAUAAGUGAUCCUGUUAGAUAAUGUAAAGAAAAUAAGUGAUAAGUUCACAAAAUAUUCCAUUCAGCCAGCAAUAUUGAAGAGUCUUCCCAAGCUUGGUAUCACAACUGCUAUUGUUGUUAUCGCUCAGGGAAUUCACAAUUUCCUGACCAGAAUGAGUGACCCCAGAUUUAUGGAUAUCAUAAGAACACAUUUAAAUAUAAGGGGGUUCCAAGCUGUUUGGCAAAAUGAGGAUGAUUUUGGGACAUCCACUGUGAAAUUUGAUGCAGCUUUUAUUCUUGACAAAGGCCAUCGGCACCACUCUUUCUGUUGAGCUUGAACUGAGCCUGUUCAUCCAAAUGUUAGUGUGCCGCUUUAGCUUUUAGUGUUUCUUAACAGGCUUUGCGUAUGUGACAUUCUCAUUAAUCUAUACCACAGAUCAUGGUACAGUACCACACUACUGUGUUGUGACUAUCUCACCCUACCUCGUAUUUACAUCCGCUCCAAUGAGAACAGUCCAUCGUACAGCUGAAUGAGAAUGUGAACCAGUUAAUUUAGAUGAGGUAAAUUUGGUACCAAAGACAUCUGCGCGAAAUUGAGGAAACACAUUCAACACUGAGCUACCAAGAUGAAGCUGCUGCUGACCCCUCCAGCACAGAGUCCAGCAGCUCAUGCCAGAGUCAACCCACAGCUUGAUGUUGAUGAAGUCUAAUACAACACUGACAAUGACACACGACACCCACUGUUACAAGGUAUCUGUAUGAGGAGAUGGUGAUGUUUUCUAUGGUGGACCGAUGUUCAGUCAGUGCUGAGGAAAAGUUUGAAAAGUUUCUCUGAAAAUAAAUGGAUAGAAGUCAAAGUGGGCAUUUAACCCUGUUGGAAAUCUGAUGAUCCACCUCCCUUCCUGCUGUGACGAUGAGGGCCUCCAGAUCCAAGUUCAGUUAGGUAUUUGAUUCAAACACCUUAAAGCCUUAGAGUUCGAUGGAUUACCUAAUAGAGAGGUUGUACAAUUUUGCUCAAGUUGUUAUAUAAUUUGCUCACGUUAAGUGAGUCCAGGGUUUGGAUCCGUCCUCUUUCUUAGGUGAGUUACUUCAGAUUAAAUGCCAACAUUUAGAGGAGUUAUGGCUCUGUUGAUUCAGAUCAUUUGGCAUUCAGAUCAAGAGCCCUCCUGUCAUCGUACGAAUUCGAAGCCAUAUAGCUCUCAGUAUUUCUGUGGCUUUCUCCAUUUCCUGCAACCGGCAUUUGCGCAGUAGCUCUGCUCAAACAGCUUACCGCCUUGAUGAUCCACGCAAUCUUUGUACACCCAUAGGCUGUAUCAAAUGUCAAUCAUAGAAAACAUGAACCCCCUAAUAACUUUUAAAAAUGGAGCUGUACAGAAAAAAAGAGAACUUGAGCACAAACCAGUCUUACAAGAACUACAUGUCAACAUCAGAACCACGGGGGAGAAAAUUUUAUAUUCUGUGUAAUUAAUUUUUUUACUUUGUUCCCGGCUCCAUUCAUUUUGCUGGAAGAGGUGGGAUUUAUGACCUAUACUGCAACCAGUCACCAGUGGGUGUUGUUCCAGCAGAGGCUUCACCCAGCGGCGAGGCAGAGGACGUCCAUUUUAUGUACAGUCAAUGGUCAUGACACUGUGAAACAAUAUUAGCACUGUUUUUUUUCUUCUUUCUGCUCAUGUAUUGGGAUAUGAAAAAAGUUAACCCAUUAGCUCUGGUGUAGUUUUGUGAAAGUGAAUAGUUUAACUAGAAUUUUUUAGUCCUCAGAUUUUAAAGUCUCUUUUGUGCUUUAGAUCAAACCCCCCCCAUCAACUUUUACCACAGUGUGGAAAAACUGCAGCUCUGACACCAGUGUGGAGAAGUUGACAGGCAGGGUGUGAUGAUGAGACAGUGCUUUAAGUCCUGUUAAGUCAGCAUGACUGGUCCUAAAAUAGUCACUUUCAAUUUGAAGUAGUGAGGUUUUGGAUGCUGUGCAGUAAAUUUGAUAAAUUUGUUGAAAUGCUUUUAGUUUGAAUUCAAACUAGUUGCUGCCAGCCCAAAAAACUGAUGUUGACACAGUUCAGAAUGCAAUAUUAGGAAAUACUCUCGGGUCAAGUCCACACAAAAUCAGGUGUUUUUUCUAGCUGUUGUUCUUCCUCCUUCACUUGAAAAAAAAAAACAUUAAACUGUCGACAGGACUUAGCAAAAACAAACACAUAAACAUGCCAGGCAAGUAGGAGAUGAUCACAUGUAAUUAGUCUGUCACAUAAAAGUCAACAGAAAACAUUGUGCAGCACUAGUGUCUCAAUGGAAAACACUAACAGGGAUCUUGCAUGGAGUGGAGAAUACAAAACCGUUAAGCUUGAUAAUGCUGAAUUAGUUUGCCCUUGCACUGCAAAAAAAGGCUGUUUUUCCCUGUAGACAUGCAACUGAACCAAGUACAGAGCAGACUGUUGCAAGUGGACCGAGACAAGUGUCUGGGCAGCAUGGCACAUAUGCAAUACAAUACAUAUCAGACAUUGAAGUUCAAUACCAAAGAUGAAUAGCUAGGAACUUGGAUAGUAAAUAAAGGCUAAUCAGAAAAGAAAGGAUGUUAAAAAAACAAGCUGAAGCUGUCUUCUUGUAAUGACAUUGGCAGAGUUGUAACUGUAAACAUGUAUUUUAAUUGUUUGCCACUUGCCAAAGCGUUUGUCGAUUGUUUUAUAUGUCACAUCAUAGAUGAACCAGAAGAUGGCCCAGUGGUGACGAACUGAAAGGAGCAUGUCGCCACCUACCAUAGCAGACACAGACAAACUUCUGCCAUUCGAUAGAUUCCCACUGUUGCAUGUAGACUGAGACAAGGGCAGUAGUCCAUUUAAAUCACCUAGUCAGGCUGUAACUGCGGUUCAUCUUGACUGUGCAUGUUAAAGCACUGGUUGGUCUGGUCUCGCCUCUGUUACUACCUCCAGUGUCUGCAGCAGUGAGAAGACGUGGACCCGGCUCCAUCAAGACAUCAUAUUGUAUUAACAGGGCUGUAAUAUCACACCUUCAACUGGGAGUAUAAAGAGCCACUGAGAAUGAGAGCGUUUCCUUAUCCAGGAUAAGAUGGUGUUCGCAGUGAAGCUGGACUUUGUCCCCCCAGAAUAUCCAGAACUAAUUAUUGGAAAUUCAGACUUGAGAGGCACCAGUAAAACACAGAUUUUUCCUGUUAAUCUGCUUUGCUCUAUGUCUUCUUUUACCUGUAGAAAUGACUGUGUUUUGAUGUGAAUAAGAUGAGACCUCGGUGGAUAAACCAGCUCCCUGUAAAUGCCUUAAGAUCGAUAAUUUUGAGACUGUCUUUGUAGAGUUUACAACCUUUUAUCCAUCCGCUUUUGCUUUCUCUUACUCGACAACACAGCUUUUAAAAAGAAAAUGGAAAGAUAUAAAUUACAAAGUUCAUGCUGACUCAGGGUCCAUUGAAACAGUUGACUUUGAACAGGUAGCUUUACUGAAGAACACUCAGCAAACUUCACUGAUGAAAACAAAAAAGGAUCAAAUCAAAGACUUAAACCUUGAAUGAGUGCGAAUACUAUCUGGAAAGUUAUUGUAGACUGACAACCAAAUCAAUACUGCUGAAGACCUGCAUGCCGGAGACACUGAUUGUGUUCCCAUGAAGGGGUCUGGUUUGGUCCUGUACAGUUUGGUAGGAAGUGUACUGGUUGCCACAUGGUGUUGGAAAUACUAGUUUUUUCCUGUGCAGGUGAACAGAUGAGACCUUUCAGAUAAAGUCAUAAACAUGAAAACUGUACUUCCAGAGUGAUAACAGUAAGUUACUUUUCUGUUGAGAGACCCACAACGCUUUUAUUCUGCACUUGUGAUCCGAACAGGGUUGUCUUCUCAGAGGAGUAACUUGCCGAGCUCUCUAUUUGAGUUAAAGCUGUCGUACGUAACUUCUGUUGCCCCCUAGAGGAUUUCUGCGUCAUUACAACGAUAUGGCCGGCACCUCAAUAUGACAUAUGCACAUCACACACAGUAACACUCACCAGACACAGGGUACUGUUGGUCACGGUACACAAAGUAACACUGGCUACAAAGAGAAACACUCGCGACACUCCACAUGCUGCUGGUCACUAACCACGGCACAUGGACUAUAACCGUCCACGCAACGUGUACUUCUCAUCACGGUACACAGAGAAACACGUGCAGCUCACACCAUUUCCAAGAAAAUUAUAAAGUACUCUGUCCAGGACAUGUAACAGCAACACAUCCUGCCUUAAUGUACAGAGUCAUUUACUUAUCCAGCAGUAUCAAGGCAACAUCGGUGCGAAGCCGAUGUAAAUCUGUGUCACUCUCUUUCUUUGCCAACAGACCUUUUCCUGAGUGGGAGGGCUUUUUCUUUUUAGUAGGAUCCACUUCUGAAGCUCUUGGUUGCUUCUUCAGAUUCUCCGCCAUGUUGCUACUAACAGCGCUCUCCUCCCCCCUCUCUUCUCAUUGUCAGGUAAAACCGAGUAGAACGUGUCAUUUCCUUGCGCUAGCGCAGGAAUGUCACCCCUCGAAACCAAAUACAAAAAGAACAAAUACUGAGAAAUACUGUGAGCCGAGCGGCUUAAUCAGCGUUGUAUCAUCUCCUCUUGCAGUGGCUUUGGUGAAACAGAUAUUUACAGACAUGUAGAUGUUAUGUGCUAUAGCUUUAGAGGUAAACUUUUGACUGUGGGAAAUAUUUCAUCUUUUCUGAUCUCACCUCUGUGCCUUUUUUUUUUUUACCUGUGGUGUCUGUGAUUGGCGUUACACCCUGACAAGAAUAAAACAAAGUAAUAUUGCACUGACAAGGUGAAGUCAGGCAGGGAAAGACUAAAUUUACUAUGAUCUCUUCUUCCUUCUCAUUCUAUGUGUUGGAGUGUUGGUAUCCCAGCAGGUGCCUUAAAGUAGAAAAACGGUUAUUUUUGUGCCUUUUUCCAUAUUUGAACAAUGUAACUGGAAAUGAAUGGUACCGUUCUCUACUUUACUAUAUUAGACUCUUAAUGUAAAUGCACAUUUUGACCCAUUUAAAAAAAAAAAAAAAGAUUUCAAUCUGUGACAAAAGUUGUCAAUUAAUUUCUUUAUGGUGGCUAAAUAUACUUUCAAUCAAAGCAGUUACAUGCUUCUCUUUAGCUGAGAAAAAUCACUCAACAGUUAGCCUUUGCUGUUUCAUUAUUUAUUUAUUUAUUGUGUUGGUCAUGUGUGUUUAAUAGUAAUGUGAAGGCAGUUUGACACAGAGACCAGCAUAUGUCAGAACCGGCUGGUGUUGUCCUUCCACCCGCUCUUCCAGUGUGAAGGCCUUGAUUAGCAGUCCAAGCUUAAUCACUCAGCAGAUGGGAACAGAGUGCAGCGCAACCAAGACAAAAACAAACCCACGGUGGGAUUAUGCCUAAACGUGUGUUGAGAGAGAGAGAGAGCGUGUGUACAUGUGUGUUUGUGUUCAGUAACUUUGAUUUGAAUCCUAAAUAGAUAUCCUUAAGCUCCUUGUUUCCUUUCCUUCUGUUUGCCUCCUCUGCCUGUCUUUCAGCACUUGGUCUUUGUGACCCCUGUAUCCCGCCUGUCCUCAUAAGUCAUUUAAACACACUUUUAAUAGUGUUAACCUGGAACUGAGCAGCAUGCGGUGGGUACAAUGUGUGGCCGGCUCUUUAAAAGGUUGUUGACAGAGGGGAAGAAACAAAAACAAACCAGAAGGAAAAGUAAGGUCGUUUAAUUUGAAUGUGAUUUUUACUGGGGUGGAUUGUACCUGUUUUUUUUUCUCCAUCGUAGGCUGUUCACAAUCCAAGGAAAUGAAUCAAACUGAGAAGAAAGCAGGCAGGGUUUUCAGAUUUUGACUGAGGAUUUAAAGCUCCAGUUGUAUGUCUGCGCUCUGUUUCCCUGUGUACCUCAUUUCUGGAAUCUUUUUCACCUAGGCUCUGUCAACACAUGAAGCUGGCCAGUUGAAAGAAAGGAAAAGGAGUAGUAAGGGAAAAAUGGGAGAAGGGAGGGGGUGCAGUUGUGAAACUGGCGUCAGACCAUCUUUUGAGCGGAAUUCUUUGCAGGGGUCAGAGUUCAGGCGCUGCAAUGUGGUGCUGUGAUUGGCUGAGGAAAGGUGAAAUGAAAACCACGGUAAACUUUUGACCCCAGCGCAGGAGCUCUGCAGGAACGCCCAGCCCCAGCUCUGGCGUGGUGGAACAGAGCCCGCUCUCUUCCUGUGUUUACUCCACCAAUCCAACAGGGACGGUGGGGAGAAGGGGGGAGGGGAGAGUGGAGAGUGAGCGCAGAGAGGGAGGGGAGAAAGACACGAGAGCAGGAGGGAGGAAGGGAAGAGAGAGAAAAUCGUCAGAGCUGUGCUGUGGUUUGAAAAUGAAGAACAGUUUUUCAGUGAGGAGCACAGUUGAGGCGCUGUGCGUAUACAAAGACACUCUGCUUCAUAAACAAAGUUCAAACCAAGCACAGUCUGAGCCAAAGGGCUGGACUUUAUUUCAGAUAUUAAUAAAAGUAAUUACUGUGGUUGACAUGUCUCCACACUCAAUUAUAAAUGGCUCUAUGUGAUUUUUCUCUCGGUGCAUCUUCUUUAGUCACUAGUGAAGAUAUGUGUGUUAUCGAGGCCGGCAGCAUGGCAGCUGAUCAGGCCGCCGGGCUCUGGCUCUCCAGAUAAAAGCCUGCUUAGCCAUUGAUUAAUGAACUAAUUUCCAUAAUAUUAGCCUGGUGCGAUCACAGCCGCCCGCAUUUUGUUUGGUCGCUGUGGUCUCCUCUUGGAUGUUGUUGUGUGUCCCUCCUUUUUAUCACCUCUCCAUAAACACGAACACGUCAAGCUGACGGGAAAUGAAAGGAUGCAGCGAGUCUGUGGCGUUACGCCGAGAGUUCAUUGGUUGAAUCUGUGCUUGCGUAGCGCCUUUCCUGUUCCUCUCUGUUCUUUGUCCAUAUUAAUGAUGGAUAGUUGCAGGAGAUGCAUGUGUGACACACACUCACACACACACACACGGUGGAAUCUGCCAUCCCUUUGUUUCCACCUUCAUUUAUUUCCCUGUGUUUUUUUCUACACAUUGCAGUUUGUGUGAGAAAAAUGGGGAGAUGCUCACAGAGUGUCUGAGCUCUGGGUGUUGUGUGCGCUGGGCUCUGAGUGGGGGAUGUUUUUUUUCUGUGAGAAAACCAAUCCUAUGAAGGUGGUGUCUCUCCGCUUUGAUUGACCCUCUCCCAUCUACAUUCAUCUCCAGGAAUCACGCGCAAUUCAGAUUUGAAGGGGAAAAAAGCCACUGAGACAAACAGCUUUUUGAUAUUCUGUAUGUCAACUGUUUAGUCUCACCCGUGUUUAUGUGAGUUUAUCCUACAGCAGAAUCAUAAAUUAAGUUAACGACAGUUUAAUAUGUAUGGUGGGUGUAAAGGGUCACGUGUGCCGAAAUGUUUCAGUUAUAGACCAUAACCCCAUUUUUAUGAAGAUUCAUCCCAACUUUCAGUAUCAUAUUUGGAAAUUUUUUAAAGCAAUGAUACUUUUUGACGCUGCUGUUUGUGUUCUGUGCUGAUUUUGGCCCUGGAUCAGUCUGCUAGUUUAAACGUUCAUGUUGGAGCCCUGGGAGAUGGUAGCCUCCCCCGGAUGCGUUUCAGAAAUCCUACAAAAACUCCUGUAUGCUUCUGUGAGGGCGUGUUUCUGUCCGUGUUCCCAGCUCCUCCUGGCUGUCCUCUUCUCUCACAUUUGCGUCACUACCAUGAUUUUCAAAGGUGUGCUUUAUUCCACUGUGAAGUGCUCCUUGUGUUACUGCUAUUUUCAGUCUAGAUCAGAGGUGCUUAUGGAGGCUAAAGACUCAUCUCAGGGAGCACAUUUGGUGAAACAGAAGCGAAAGAAUUAUGUUUCUAGUUUCUAUCAGUGUAAAUCCAUGCCUUCGACGCGGUUAGACUGACCUUCACAUUAGGCGUAAGAAAGGAGACCUAGAGACCAACAAAUAGACAUCAUCACGUGCUGUUUCAGUUUGGUCCCAAAGCAGUCUCAGUUCCUACAUGGAAGUUUAAGAUUGGGCUUCUUCACGUGAUCAAAAUCUGCUCUUCCACACACACAUGCUGGACACAUGUAUGUCAUCCUCAUCCUCAUCCUGUAGCUGCUCUCUUCCUCUCGCCAUCAAACCCCUCUGACUCCACUUACAUCCCACACAUCCAUGUUUUAUUAAAAUCAUGUGAAUGUUGGUGAAGAGUUCGUAAUAAUCAUCAGCCCACAAGGGUGCAUUCAACUCCAAGAAAAAUGUGAACUUCUGGAAGUUAUCUUCCCUCUUAAGUGCGGGAUUCCCCCAAAUGUCUAAAUGAUCGAUGGCUGCUCGACAAAGUAAAUUUUGGAUUUAAUAUGAAGCAAGAACAGCGAUGAUGUCAAUGGUUGCUUUGUUCUUACUGCCAUUUAGAAAGGGUAAAAAUAUUAGCGGUUGUUUGUUACGCUCUGAAGUUUCACAUUAGUCAGUGUGCUGGGUCCAUUUCUGGCCUAAUGAAAAUCUACGGAGAAAUCUGGUAUUUAUCUCCAAUGAAUCUUUAAUAAUUAAUCAGUGUAUUGGUCUAAAUAUAAGACAUUCCCCAUUACAAGACAACACCCCUCUUUAGCAGGAAAUCUUGUGUUUUCAGUUGGAAAUAGUGAUAAAACAAAGACAUUAAAUGGCCUUUAAAAUGAACCGUCACAUUUUAAUGGAAUAAAACGUGAUCACAUGUGGUUGAAGCGCUUGUGGUUUCAGUGUAAAUCAGAAUUACCUGCAGCCUAUUAGAUAGAUGAAACGUUUGCUAAUGUUGAUCAUUUCUUAGAAACAUAUUUUCAUUCUCAUCUUCAGAGGAUCUUUGGAGGCAAAACACUCGACAACACCAAAUUUAACUUUUCCUGAAUUCUUUAGCAAAGAGACCAAACACAAUUCACCCACUCUCUUCCAGCAGCCCCUUUUUUUUGUGGGGGAGCCCCGACAAGUCACAAGUCGAUUUCCGAGUGCAGCUUUUGGGUUGAGGUUUGCGCGUAGAGUGGACUGAUAUAAUCAGAUAUCAGCAAAAAAAUUAAAAUUUGGGAUUGUAUCGGCCUGCAUCUAAAAUCUCCGAUAUCAGCACUCCAAUACAAGCACUCCACUCCGGCACCUCUAUCUAGCAGCGCCCAGAUCCAGCGUACAUAGCCCACAUAAUCACAACAACACUGUGUACUAAGGUACUAACAAAGUAGCAAAGAGUUAGAGUGAUGUCGGCCGUGUGGCAGUAUUUUUUGAAAAAAGUCUGAAAAGGCGUUGCAGCCGAGUGCAAAACUUGUCAUACACAAUUUUGUGCCAAUAUCGGUUCAAUAUGGGUAACGGUCAGUAUUGAAGGCUAUCAGUAUCGUAUCAGAAGUAAAAAAGUUGUAUCAGGACAUCCCUAGUUGUUGGUACUCCUGGUUAACUUCUUAUGGACAUAAUGUGUUUAUGCAAAACAAUAGCAGGUGUUGCAAUAGGCAGCCUGUCAGCCAUCAUGCUCCAUCCUGAAGUACGAGCAGAGGGCUUAGCUGCAGCUCAUGUUACAACAGCUUUGCCCGGUCUAAAUCACUGAGUGUCCUAUUUUUUUCUUUCGUGCACUCAGACUUCAUAUCAGAAAUGAUUGUUUCUGUAAUUUCUGUCUUUGACACAUAUAAAAAACAAUUCCAAGUUUUGCAAACACAAUACUCGAAGAGCGUGUACGGCUAAGGAAACUAAAUUAAAAAACAGCUUAACGUAAAAUGUUUGGGAGUUUAAGUGCAGUAUCUAAUCUUAAAUUAUGUGAAAGUAUUGCAAAAUUAUAUUUCCGGUUCUUGUUUGAAUACUUAUUUUUUCCUUCUUUAUGACCAAGUACAUGAAAUAAACAGGACUGAAGGGUCAGCUGACUGACUCCUAAAAAAUAUCACCUCCAGACUGCAGAACUUUUUCUGGACUUGGAGCACUGAGGUCUUGGUUGAUGUUAGCUCCAUGUGCACUUCACCCGGUACAAAGCUGGGUGUAUCCUCAGCAGGAGGUGGGGACAGACGGCCUUUGAAGAAAACAGGAAGUCAUUCUGUCCUUUUGUUUUCUCUCUGCUCUUGAUGUUUCAAACUCAAGUGGACACCUUUUGUUGCUUUAUUACUUUUCCUCUGUGAUGUCUGUGUGCGUCUGUGUUCGAGAGUAGUCAAGUGACAGUGCAGUGGAUCUUAGUUCUUGUGUCUGAAAUUAGUUGUUAAAAGAGAUUUUCUUUUUUGUUUGUUUUUGUAAGGCUUCAUUUAAUUGGGUAUGUGAUUCAGGGUCUAUAGUGUGUGUGUGUGUGUGUGUGUGUGUGUGUGUGUGUGUGUGUGUGUGUGUGUGUGUGUGCCCCUCUCUGUCUGAUCUUUGCCUUGGAUGGGCCGGUGUUUAUUGUUGGGCCUGCGACUCAUUGUCUCAAGGAGCUCAGAUUGCAGGCUUUAUUUUAGGCUGCGUAGGAAUGUCCUCCUCACUAUUCUGGUCCUGACUGAUUGACUGACACCGCUACCACUCUGGCAUCUGCACAAAAUGGUGUUUACCCAAUUACUGACACUUUUUUGGGUGUUGUUUUUUUUUUCAGAUAUGGUUCCUUAAAUAAAUAACUGUAAGACCGUGACAGCAUGAAAACCCCCCGCUAUGUCAUGUUUGCUGUUCAUGCCUUUUAGCACUUCAGUGUGGCUAGCUACCAUCAUUUGUUUAGCUUGUUGGUGCAUCCUAAAUUCUUCUCUGUCAUUGUACAGAAGGGAGGACAAGUCAUAGACCAAGACACCACCAGUUUUCCCUUCCUUUCCAUCCUCAAAGAGCCGCACAUUCUUUAGCCUCUGCUGUUUGUUUUGCUAGUUGCAGCUUCCUGUUGGUGCUGGCGAGAGCACGCCUAUUGGUUGUAGAGAGUGUGGACGACAUUGUUCAUGUUUUGCAUGAGAAAAGACUAAAAGAGCUCUGAUAUUAAAAGAUAUUUGAUUUGACCCAAAAAUUAGAAAAGGACUUUAUUUUCACUUUUGAGAUAUGUGAGUGACUGUGAAUAUAGUUGGAAAUUUUGUGCAGUAUAAGGUUAGCAUUAGUUAUUUAUGAACACAAUCUAAAGAUGGUGAAGAGUUAGUCGUUUCUUUGCAGCGCAGUCUCAUUUCCCCAUCUUCGGUUCCUCUCACAUCAUCGAAAGGUUUUUAAGGAAUGUUUUAAAAUACCCCUACAAAAUAAAUUAGAAGUUAUUUUCACUUGAGCGUGUUGAUACUAGAUAAGCUUUCAAGCUGCACUCUUUUAAAACUGACCUGAGAACGACAGCGUCGCACAAAUUUAGUUCUUACCACUCUAGACAAAAGCUGUCCUCCGUAGAUAAAUGCAACUUGGUGUAACACGCCACUCUGUAAAUACACCGGCGUAGCCCCUCUGUCAUUUCAUUUCAUUUUGAUUUUACAAUACGCAGUUGCUAAAUGAAAUGUAUGAGCGUAGCCCCCCUCAGGGUAUACUACAGACUUUCAAACACGAAGCAACUAUGUCAAAGCAAGCAUACACUCAUGUUCCUACUAUCACCUCCCGGUUAGCCUUUCUCCUCAUUCUCAGUGAUCCCUCUUCUUGCCCCUCUUUUUAUUAUUCUCCUGAAACUGCUCAAAACCUUCCUCCUACAACCUUCUGUAGUCCUUGUAGGGCUCACGUUACCUUCUUUGUGUCUCAUCUUGUUUCCUGGAGUUAUUCCUGAUGUGUGUGUGCUGUAUCUGUACUCCUGUCUGCAAUAAAGGACACAAACUUUAAGGUUGAUAGAUUUUACACUCAUGCUGGUUAUGCACUAAAGUUAUGGAUUAGGGAUUUGAGACUGAUUGGUACGCGACCAAAACUCGCUGAUUUUUGCUGAUAUUUUCAGAAAUGAAAUGCGGAGAAUAAGAUUCGGUUUCACUUCGAAAAUGUUCCGCCGUUUGAAAAGUUUCCCGACUUAUCCUGUAGAUGGCGCAGCAACCUCAUGACAAUCUUGUGGAGAGUGGUCCGCCUCAACGGUAAAUAAACUAGUUUGUGAAGUAGACAAUAAGUCAACAAGUUUCAGUUCAACCUACUUCACGAUGUUCCCCGCUGUGCUGGUCUCAGUCACGCCGAGUUAACGGAGAAGCACCAUGUAAUAUACAAGCUAAAGUUAGAGUUAGCCAUCUGCUAUUAGCCUUGCUACACUGUUAGCCGUGCCAGUAACGGUAGAAUAAACAACAGUACACAUUACGUGAUCGAGCUACUUCUCUUACUGAAGUAGCUGUAUGUCUCCAGAUGAGACCAGGUAGUUGAAAACGCUUUUCUGGUCCGAGUUUGAUCAGUCGGUCUUCCUGUCAGCGUGAAGAGCAGUAGCCUACAGUAUAUCGUAUACUUGAGAUAUCUACAGUGUAUAUAUAUAUUUUUGAUAACUUCAUAAAAAAUUUAAAAAAUCUGCCGAUUGAUCAGUAAUCAGAUUUUUUCCCCCCCUAAUAAUCUGUAUCGGCAUCGGCCCCCAAAAAUCCAUAUCGGUUGGGCCCUAUUAUGGAUACAUAUUAGGACUAAAAUCCCUCACAUGUUGCUCAUUAACUCUACUUUCUCUCCAUUGUUGCAAGAGUCCACUUUAGAUUAUCAAACCAUGUACUUCAGAAGGUUGACAGAGAGGAAGCGCUGGCUCUUCUUCUUCUUGGUGUUAAAUAAUUCAGUUGGAGCAUUAGCUCAGUAGCAGCGCAGCGUUUAGGGCUGAUGUGAUCAGUGGUCUGUGAUGUUGGAUCACACUUGCACACAAACACACCCGGGCUGUGGGUAGAGAAGGAUGCAGCUGUAUAACUAAUGCCACUCAUGUGAGUUCAACGAGCAGCUAAUAAAACCUCAACUGAAGCACUUUUAUUUUACCAGUAAGUUCUUUCAAGGUCGUUUUUUUCUUCUGUUGACUGAAGCUUGAUUUCAGGAGAAGUUUGCGCUCAGAGCAGCGUGGUUAUUCAUAGAUGUCAUGAAGGAAAGAACAUCUGACGCCGGGCUUAUCUCUGGCUGUACAAUGAUGGUACUAAAGGUCAGCUGUUUGGGAGCGGUCUGUACCAAAACGGGGGGGAUCUGGCGUCCCCCCAUGACACGUCCCCUGGAUAUAAAAGUAUGGCUCAAAAGUCACAAGUAACAGCACUGUCAUUGUAGCGUUUGUAUGAAAAACCCUAAAGAGAUGUCAGUGACCAGUUUCAUUUCUGUUGCUUUGACGAGAGCUUGUCCAGUAGCUCUGAUGAGAAAACACCAAACCCCAGUGGGUAUUCUUGUUCAAGAAUACUGACAUUGGAAAGUACUGGAGGAUAUGGCAGAAUGGUAACAAACACGUGUGGGGGAUGUCUUAUUACAAAGAUAAUGUCAGAGACUAAAAUAAAACCAAAUUUAUUGAUUGUUAAAUGAAUAUAACUGGCUUUUACAUAUUCAAGUUUUUAGGUAUUUUCUGGGGUUUCGUGAGAAUUUGACAGGGUCACUUGCAGACUAUGCUGUUCUCCCAAUACCAAGAAAAAGCCUCAAGUCAACACCCAAAAUAAAACAAGGUGUGUGCAGGAACCAGGAGGACACGCUGAUAGAGACGAAUAUGUAAAUGGGGUGGAUGAGCAGCCACAUUUCCAGGAAAGGGAUGUGGGUGACGCAGGGGAACAGGAGGACACAAACAGGAUGCUAUCUGCUGUGACUUCCUGUGCAAUUUUAGAAAUAAAGUUUUCCCAUGAAUUUCUGUGAAAGCCACACAUGCACACACAAGCCCUCCCAUGCUUUCUUCAAAAGAGAGGAGUCCAGUUUUGAAGCUGUGCUCCAACAUCCAGACACAACACCUGACCUCCUUAUUUCCUCUGUCUGUUUUCAGGAGAUGUUUAGACAUUGAAGACCCUGGAUGGAGCUUGACUGGGGCCUGUACUGUUUAAGGUGAGAAUGUAGUUCAUGCACAAGAACACACACACAGUGAAAAAAAAAAAAUCCGACCAUAUUCUUUUUGCAGCGAGAUGUUGUAUUUUGCACGUUGACAGCUGUUGUUUGUGUACCUGCUGGUUGGUGCUACAUAUCUGAUUUUGUCCCCCGAGCAAGUCUCACAUUGUCAAAUGAGGAGUCAGGGUUAGUGGCAAACUGCCAGGCCUGCUGGGACUCAUCUGUGGUUUUGGUGGGCUGCCGCUUACAGCCUUUCACUACACUCCUCCAGAAGAGUUGUCGACUCAGACUGUCAGUUUUUCAGUUUUGUUUCUUGUCAGACUUUUUUACGCUGAAUUUCUAAGUAAGAAUAAGUUACAAGGAAAUCCUAUCAAAGCAUGGUCGAUUAAAAAAAACUCGACUCAAAAAUAGUUUUUAAGAAUGACAGUCGAAACCUGUUCACAUGUACCCUAGUUCUCCCAUGACCACAAAGGAAACUGUACAGUACUACUGUUCACCCCCCUGUUUUCAGUAAGACCCCCAGCAGCCCCGAGCUCUGCUGUUCGUCUGCUUCAGGAUGUGAGGCUGACUGAGGGCUGAUGUCAUCUUUCUCCACUGCUGCAGAGGUGAGCCUCAGGACAGAAACCAGGAAGGACAGAAGGGUGGGCAGAGAGAGUUGCAGCCAGAGCAGAGCAGGCAGAUUUAGAGAGGGUGGUGUGGAAAGGUAGACAGACAAGAAGCAUGCCGUGCAGAUUUACGAUGCAGAGCGUGUGUCUGAGACUUGCUGCUCCCCUUGUAGUCGUUGUGGAGGGUGACUGGGCUGCAUGUCCUAGCCUGCAGUUGCAGGGUAGGAGCUCUGUAAUGGCUUCUAUCGGUUGCACACUCUUCCACUCAGGAAUGAGCUCACUCUGUUUUUAAGGAGGCCCGAGCGUGCUCAUACACACUCGCAGACACACAGUCCUGGAUAAGAUUGGUGUUUGAAAACAAUUUGGCGUUACAGCCGCACGCUACGGCUUUGUGUGCGUCUCUGGGUGGGAAUAGGAAAGAGCAGUGACCUUAGACACUGGCUUCAGAGGCUUCCUCUAACAUGAACUCUGAGGGGGUCAGACACAGGGCAAUGCCAGAGCAAGAAAACAAGGGCAGGGUCCCCCAGCCCGGUAUUGCUACACCCAGAGAGGGAGGGAGGGGUUGUCUCAGGAUGGUUAGGGGGAAAUGGCAGUAAAAACCCAUUGGAUGAAAGAGCGGAUGUAGCCUAGUAUGGAGAGAAAAAAAGAAUGUGGAAAAGUUCUUACUAUGCCCUGAAAACGCUGCGGAGUCUGUCUGGAUUGUUUCCAAGCUCCACAAAACGAAGCAGUGUGUCCUUUUUUUUUUUUUCUCAUGCAGUCAGAAAGAGGCGGGUUGGGAAAUAGAUGCCUCACUGGUAGUGUAGCUACCAGGACUCAUCUCUUUAACAGACUUUUGCUGCAACAUGUCUGAACAUGUAAGUGCACUGGAAAUCGUUUGAAUAAGCGGUUUGCCUUUUACGUGUGUUGCCGCCGUUAACAGAGUGGCGUAGUUCUCCAAGGCAGGCAGCCUGAACGCAGGAUGACCCGUCUCCCCUGAGGCUCCAAAUCACUACAUCAUCAUCAGUCGCUCCUCGCAGUGGAACAGAUGAGAUUUCACUCCCAUCAAGCACUAAGCAGGAACCAAGGCUGCUUUACUGACUGGAUAGUCUCCCCUCAUAAAUGUGCAGGAAUCCACAAUCUACUCUUCCCCUGAAAGUCACUUCAUUUAUAACCUCAGUAGCUGGGGGGAUUUUGUGGAUCUCUCUUUUAACCUAAGCUUGUUGAGGUUUGCCUGAAUUCACAGUCAUUUCUUCAUGGAGGAGAGAAAAGAAACUGCCUCUUAAGACACUUUAGUAUCUACACUUAUCCCUUUAUCAGAUUAUACCUCACACAUAUGAACAAAUAAAACCACACACUCCGAUCAUUCUCCCUCAUUGUGUUGCUCUGCGUCUAUAUGGGUUUAGGUGUUAUAAAUGAUGAUGUCUGUGCUUUCAGGUGCUGAUAUGCGCUGAAGAUGAGUGGCGUAGGAGACAACUCGUUGGAGCCGCUGUGCUCCGAUCGCAAACGUAAACUGUCCACCUGUGACACACCAGGCUUAGGGUAAGUGCUGUUUCUUUUACAUGCUGAUAACAUACCAAUUAGGGAUGGGCGAUAGGGGCAAAAAAAUUAUCACCAUAAGAUUUGCCAUUCUGGCGAUAUCGAUCAAAGUCCCGAUAAAAUGAUGUCAAUUCUAUAAUAAUGGAAAAAUAAAAUCAACUGUUUGUCCAGUGAGGUUGGCAGAGGUAACAUCAUAGAGCAGGAGAAAAUUAGUACAACAAAUGAGGUUUGCAAGAUGUGCGACAUGAAAAUGAAAUACAGCAUAAAUAAGACAAACAUAAGGGAAAGCCAAAUGCUAAAUUAGCUAGUUGUUGAAAAAAACUGUUGAAAAAAUUAAAAUAAAUCGCAAUAUAUUGUAUCGCAAUACUCAGUGUAUUGCAAAAUGUUAAAAAUUGCAAUAAUAUAGUAUCGAGGCCCAAGUAUCGUAAUGAUAUUGUAUCGUGGGGCCACUAGUGAUUCCCACCCCUAAUAUUUUUGACUCAUUUUGUCUUGAGAACACCAGUUGGAGUAGUCAAAUAAGAUACUUGGGCACAAGUUGAAGUGGUAGAUUAUGGAGAAAACUAAUGACAUCAGACAAGUCUCAAAUGUGAAAACAUUUUCAACAUUUGUUGAAAACUCGUAUUGCACAGAGUGAACAGCAGCAGAUCCACUGAUCGAUGUCAGGCAUACCUGACUGUGCUUGUCUAAGCCCCGGUCUUGAAGGAAAACCCUCAUGUGGAGCCGUGUUCAGUAACGAGCUGCUCAGAAACGUCUUCUUCAUUACCUUCGGCCAUGUUUGUUUGUUAUUUUGCUCUGUGUGGGCUAUGGCUGCGAGACUGUCACUCACAGUUCUCUCAUCAACUCGCGUUUAUCGUAUUUAUCAUGAGAUGGCGAAUAUUUCUCAUGGAGGAUUUUUCUGACAAUACAUCGCAAAUGAUAAUUAGAGAUGCACCCAUCCAUUUUUUUCCGAUCCAAUCCAAUACCGAUACCUGGGCUGAACAUAUCGACCGAUAUCGGAUAUCAAUCCAAUACUUGAAUAAAUGAACUGUAUACCUCGCCUUGUGAGUGAAGGCAUCCGGCUUGACAUUAGCCUUGUUAAAAAAAGGUAACAAAUUAACACAAAUAUACAUUUACUUAAUAUUAUUUAUUAACAAAUAACAAACUGCACAUUAUCACACAGCAAAAAGAAGUAAGAUUUCCAUGUAAACACUUAGUGCAAGAGGAUAGACAGACAUAGAAUAUAGAGCGAACAGAAUCGCUGUGUUGCUGUGUGUGAUAUUAAGUAAAAGGAAAAAAAAAGACUGGAUCAGAAUGCUGGAUCGGCGUCAUUCAUCAGAUAUCCGAUCCAGUUAAUUUGUCAAUAUCAGAGCUGAUAUCCGAUCCGAAUAUUAGAUAGGUGCAUACCUGACGAUAAUUUAUCGCCCAUCCCUAAUACUAAUUCACUUUGUCUGUUGCUGUUUGUGGUGAUGUGGAUGUCAGCAAGCUCAUAAGGUCACUUCCUUCCUGCUGACCUCAUGGAAACAUCCCUCCCCCUGGUUCAAGUGUGUGUCUGCUAGUAAAUAUCUGAAGCAUCUGAGCUCUGGCCGUAUGGCCUGUAUACGGACGGGGCAUUGGGAGGUGAGGUUGUCAUGGCAACUUGUCUAAUCCCCUUGGUGCCCUGGCAGGUGUGACAAGCGUCGCAGGGAACAGGAGAGUAAGUACAUCGAGGAGCUGGCUGAGCUCAUCUCUGCCAACCUCUCCAACAUCGACACCUUCAACGUCAAGCCUGACAAAUGUGCCAUCCUCAAAGAGACAGUGAGACAGAUCCGACAAAUCAAAGAGCAAGGUAUGACCACUGCGCAGAAUCUACCCACACACACUCCCACUCAUUGGCAAAACUACAUACCGAUCAUACAAGUUUCCCCAGUGUUGGUUUUGUUAAGUAAACAGAAUAAAGUAAGGCUGAAUACUGUGAAGUGCUGUGCUGCAGGAUGGAUUAUAUACCAAUGAUGAAGUGGUGUGUUUGGGUCACGGCCAGCCUGCUGCAGACCAACAGCCAGUUUGGCUGAUUGUAUUGCUAGGGGUAAAUGAACACCAGUAAUCGAAACCAAUGCUGGGUGGUCAUGGCUCAAGGCUGUGACUGACAGCGUGUAUCUGUUAGUGCCAAACCUGCUGCUCUCCAGGAGUCUGGUGGUGGGUGACACUGGUGACUCAGAAACCAGACUUUAAGGGAGCUGCUGCUAUUCUGUAGUUUGACAUGAUCGGAUACACUUUGUGGGAGUUUAUUUUCUUCUUACCUGUUUUAUCUCAGUACAGAUUGAAUCAGUGAGGUUAAGUGGGAAAGGAAAAGAAGGAGCUAUCACACUGGAAUCUACCUGGAGGGUCACAGCUGACUCCAUCCGGCCUGGGUGUUGAGCAGUCUAGUUGCUAUAGUUACAGGAUGGAAAUAAAAGGGAAUCCGUCAUUUUUUUCCUUCUUUUUAUUUUUAUUUUCACAUGGUUUCUCUCUCCUUGUCAAUAACUCUGCCAUCCUUGUGAAUUUAAUGUCUCAGAUGCCUCCUUGUUUACAACAAUCACGGUUUGUCAGGCCUGUUUCGUUCAGUUAGACAUGGAGUUAAACUCAGUGUCAUAUUAUUUGUCGUUGAGUGAAGUGCCACAGAUGACCCGGCUAUAUAAAGUGGUAUCUAACAAAGCCUCAAACACAUGCUGAUUUUAAAAAUAGAAAGGCAUGUCAACCAUGCAUCCUGAUGAACACUGCCACCUGCUGGACAGAGAGUAUUUAGUGUCACAGCCGAUCUCAGGGAGUCGACAAUAUAAAAGCUGGUAUGAAAUGAAGUCAAAGUCACGAUGAAGUGUAACACCAAAAAGUAACAUCUAUAUAACGGGGGUCUUCAACAUCCAACUACUCAAAACAUGUUUCAUCAGAAAGACUAGACUUCUCUUCUUGAGUGAGUCCAUGAAAAUGAACAGCAGUACUGUAGUCAGCACAUGAUUUCACAGGGAGAUUGUGUAAAGACAGUUAUCUUCAUGGGUUUUCUGAUGUGAUCCUGUGUCCUCAGGGAAGAGCUCUUGCAGUGAUGACGAUGUCCAGAAGGCUGAUGUGUCCUCCACUGGACAAGGGGUUAUUGACAAGGACCACCUUGGACCGCUGCUCCUACAGGUCAGUCAUAGAGAGCAAAGAACAAGAUGCUGGUUCCUGUGCUCCAGUAGGGAAUUGCUCUCAUUGUUUCUCAUUUGCUAACCCAUGAAAUCCACCCCACGGUUUAUAUGUAAUUAAAAGAUUGCGACCAAACACAAUAAACUGGACUAUCAUAUCCUCUUCAGGCCUUGGAUGGUUUCCUGUUUGUGGUAAAUCGAGAGGGCAGCAUCGUAUUUGUGUCAGACAACGUGACGCAGUAUCUACAGUACAAGCAGGAGGAGCUGAUCAACACCAGUGUGUACAAAAUCAUCCAUGAUGAGGACAGAGAGGAGUUUCACAAGAAUCUACCCAAAUCCAAUGGUAAGACAAUGUUUAGGUGCCAGCACAAAUGACUGCUGACUGUUGUUAACAUACAUACAGUUCUCAGCGUGAAUGAGUACAGCCCUUCAGAGUUGUCAGAAAACCUUUUAGUUUCCUCUCAAAAUCAACAUUUUCUAUGUCAGACUAUUCAAUAAAACACUCCCCAAAUGUAGGCCAUUGAUUGCAAACAAGAUUUUUUAAGUUGCAUAUAUGAAAAUAUUUUUUCAAUUUCAAAUCAGGAUGCAAAAAUGAGUACACCCCAAUCAAAGUUCUAAUAGCAAAGCAAAAUUUUAAUUGCCAUAUCACCCUUAAAUUCAUCUUACGGUAAAUAAAAUGAAACGUUAAACUCAGCUUUGUCAAAACUUUGGAAAUUGUACUUUUACUCAUCUAUAUAUUGAGUAAUACAUUACUUUUAAUAGGGGUUGUGCUGAAUUAUGCUGGGCACUGUAUGUGUUAUUUUACCAGAACCCCUGAAUGUAUUUCACCAAACACACACGGUCACAGUCACAUGCUCAUGUGGUGUCUGUUCUUCUUCUCUGUAGCACCUAAUGGGGCAUCCUGGGGUGGAGAGGCACCGCGGCAGAAGAGCCACACCUUCAACUGUCGCAUGCUGGUGAACUCUGUUCAUGGAAUGUCCGAAGAGAGGCCUGGAGGCCAACGCUAUGAGACCAUGCAAUGUUUCGCCCUCACUCAGCCCCGAGCCAUGAUGGAGGAGGGGGAAGGUAAAAGCAGCGUUGGCGUCUUCAACAGCUUUGAGAUCGUUUGUUUGUUUGUUUGUUUGUUUUGCUGUUAACAGUAUAAACCUUUAGUGUGUAUCAAGAGUUGGAGUUGAUGUAGAUCUCCUAUCAGCAACUCUUCUCUCUUCCUGCUAUCAAUAUAAACAAACUGCAGCUUAAGCCAUCCAAUCAUCAAAAAGGGGGAUUUUUGUAACACAUUCGGAAUGAGAGUGCUCGAAAAAAUGGAUUUAUAUUUCUCAACUUUUCAGCCGAGAAUAAAGAACUGAACAGGAGAUUAUUUUUAAGCUCAGCAUGCUUCAUUUAUAUGUGUCAAUCUGAAUAUAAUUGGACAUUCAGUUUAAGGCGUCUCUGUGUCAUACUUGUUUCAGAGAAGGACCUUGGCUAAUAUAAAACAACAUUUGACAUUUUAAGUUAUUUUCAUUUUGUUGGUUUUGGUUGGUGACAUUCACCGUGCUUGUUUUACAUAUUUUUAAUUCCAAUUUCCCUCAGUCGUUUAUUCUAUAUGAAAAAUCUUGUGUCUUCACUCAGAUUUGCAGUCAUGUAUGAUCUGUGUGGCCCGGCGCAUCAUUGCUGUGGAGAGGACAGAGAGGUUUAGCACACGUCAUGAACUCUCUGGUAAGUAAACUGUGUGUUUUUCCUUUUUUUGCAAACACUUAAUUUCUCACUUACCCCUUUAUUUUUUUCACUGCUAUAGCCUAGUAUCUCCAUAAUUUCACCAUGGAUUUCUUCACUUUUGUGGUUAUUGUGUUUUUUCCUCGCCUUUACCCUUUUCAAUCCUUUUGCAGGCAAACUCAUUGAAAUCGAACAGCAGAGCUCUCCUCACACCACAAUGCGUCCAGGCUGGGAGGAUCUGGUGAGGCGCUGCAUGCAGAUGUUCCUCCAUCGAAGUGAAGGACAACCGUGGUCCUACAAGCGCCACUAUCAAGAUGGUACAUACAGCCAUGUUUCUCUACCAUAGUAUCUCACCGGUCCUGUUUACCCAAAGAAACCCAAACAUACUAAAACUCUAGAUAGGUAGAUUCUACUUGGCUGACUGUUAGGAGGGCAGGUUUAUGUGCUCAUCACAGAAGCAUACAGAGAAUAUACCAGAGUCACAUCCAUUUUUAUUGUAGAGGGCACAGUCUUAACUGGAUGCACAGAAGGCUCAAACUCUUCAUACACAGUCUCCAUUACAGCAGAACUACUACUAGUCUUAUGAGAUACAAUUAAAAACACUCUUGACUUUACAAGAUGAAACAGGGGAUGCAUCUUUUUUGCAGUUAAGUCCAUAAAUGAUAAUCGUUCUGACCUGAAGUGAGAAUCAGUCUAUUCCUGUCAGUUUAUUUUGUAAAUGGUAGUUCUUUGACAAAGGGCUAAACCUUGAUGGUUUUGGUUUGUCGUUUGUUCUUGAACAUCUAAUGAACAACCGCUCAAGAUCAGAGGACAUUUCUGACAGAUCAGUCACCUGCACAAGACAGUCCGAAGAAGCAGUUACACGCUAUAUUUUAUUACCUUUGUAUUAUAUGUAUGCUAUGUCCCAUUGUUGGCUGAUUUACUGGGUUUUGAUUGGCUUUUCUCCUCUGCCCCAGCUUUCCAUAACGGCCAUGCAGAGACCCCACUCUAUCGCUUCUCACUCUCUGAUGGCACCCCAGUCACAGCCCAGACCAGGAGUGACCUCUGCAGGAACCCCAACACCAAUGAACCACACUCUUUCCUCUCCACACAUCUGCUACAGAGGUGCGAACACUUGAACAAGGACAAUAAGCAAGGAUCAUUUCCAAUAAUGAAGAGUGUUGUUCCUACUUUGUAAUAUAUAUAUAUUUUUUUUCCUUUGCAGGGAACAGAAUGGUUACCGUGGGAACCAGGGCGGAGGUAUGAGGCCUCCAAACAUGGGUGUGAACAACUCUAAUCAACAGAUGAACAUGGGCCCAGGAGGAGGCAUGGGCAUGAACAGGGGCUAUGGCAUGGCUGAGCAGGGCAACAUGGCUCAAAGAGGAGCACCCCCCUACACAGGGGGCAACCGCAUGAACGCUAUGAACCAGAUGAAUCAAAUGAACCCCAUGCAUCAGAUGAAUCAAAUGAAUCCCAUGCAUCAGAUGAACAACAUGAGUCAAAUGAAUCAGAUGAAUUCCAUGCAUCCAAUGAACUCCCCCAUGAACUCCAUGAACCAGAUGGGGCCCAUGAAUCAGAUGGGCCACAUUGGCAUGCAGCAGCACCAGCAUCAGCAUCAGCAGAUGGGGCAGUUCCAUGGAGGUGGAGGUGGAGGUGGACCUGGUGGAUUUGGGAUGGGGAUGACGAGUCCUCCUCAGGCCAGUCCAGGGAUGAAUGGCCCCCCACACAAUGUUAUGGGUUCACCCAGAGUCCGAGGAAGCCCCAAGAUGGGUGCCAGUCCAUUUUCCCCCGGAGGUAAGAGCAAUCAGUGACUUUUAAUCCACAAAAAGGUCACAUUGAGAAAAUGAGUGCUUAUUAAAUUCUCCCUCAUGGAUCAGUGACAAAUCUCUUGUUGUGUCCUCUGCAGGUAUGAACUCUCCUAUGAGCUCCAGUCAUGCUGGAAACUCUGGAGGAGGAGGCACCACCUUCUCCAGCAGCUCUUUGAAUGCCCUUCAAGCCAUUAGUGAGGGAGUGGGCAAUCCCAUGCCCUCCCCACUCACCUCUCCCCCUCCCCACAAGCCUGACAGCUCGCCAAGCAUCAACUCCACCAACCAGGCAGCAGGCGGGCCGUGUAAAUCAGGCCUCCCAGCCUACUCUGACUCCAAGAGCCCUGGAAGCUCACUGGGAACUGGUGGAGAGCAGCAGACUCAACAGCAACCACACACACCAACCAGCGAAGGCCCUCCUGACAAGCCAGACAGCCAGGUCAGCAGGGAGGCAGGUCAGGUUGGAGGAGAAGCCAACCGAAGAGUCCCAGACAACAAGUGCCACAAGAAGCUCCUGCAGCUCCUCACAUCCCCCACUGAUGAGCUGGUGCCACCAAAUCACACAGCAGGCUCAGCAGCAAGCUCCACCCCUGAAGCUAAAGACGGAACAGCUGGUGUUACCAGCCCUUCGUCUUCAACUGGAGUGUCAUCCUCCACAGGCGGGAACCACGGCUCUGUGCCCUCCUCUGGUGGCACAGGACAUUUAUCGAGUCAGUCACUGCAGGAGAAGCACAAGAUCCUCCACAAGCUGCUGCAGAAUGGAAACACUCCCGAUGACGUGGCUCGGAUCACCGCUGAAGCCACGGGGAAGAGCAGUCUGGACUCAGGGGCAGCAGAGCCAGGACCUGCAGCCGCAGGAGGAACAAGAGGAGCAGAGCCAAAGCAGGAGCAGCACAGCCCGAAGAAGGAGAAGCCCCAUGCCCUCCUUCACUAUCUGCUCAAUAAGGAUGACUCUAAAGAAAGCAGUGAUAUCAAACCAAAGCUGGAGGACCUGGAGGGAAGAGGGGCCCAGGGUGCAGGGGUCACUAGCUCUGACCCCCACUGCAUGGAUGGGAAGGUCAAGCUGGAGCCCUCUGAUGAGGUGACUCUUCUGUCCCAAACAAUUUACGUGAUACAGUCUGAAAUACCCGAUGGCAUAUUUUGUAAUCCUUUCUGUUUUCAUGGUUUAGACGGAGACCCUGGAGACUAUUCUGGGGGUCCCGAGGAAAAACAGUGGCUUUUACCCUGAACCCGACUCUAGAGCUGGAAAGGAAGUGGGAAACAAACAGAGCAAUAUUCCUGACAGUUUGCAUGGUGAGUCAGCUUGCUUCCUUGUUUAAGGAGAUGACUGUCUAAGAUACCAGAAGCGUAGAAACAUUUGCAUAUGGUUUAAGGGCGGGAGAAAAAAUCUAUACAGCAUAGUAUCGCAGUAUUUUGUCUGGUGAUGUAUCGUAUCAUCUUAUUUACCAAGUGUCAAUUUUUUUCAAAUUAAUUGCUAAUAUGAAGUCAAAUCUGUGGUAGUGGAAAAAUAAAAUCAACUGUUUGUCUGGUGAGGUUGGCAGAGGUGACAUCAUAGAGCAGGAGAAACUGAGUGCAAUAAAUAUAUAUAUAUAUAUAUACCGAAGGUUUGCAAGAUGUGCAACAUGAAAAUAAAAUACUGCGUAAAAAAGACAAACAAAAAGGAAAGAAAAUUUUUUAAUCGGCUGCACAAUUGUAAAAUGAUAUAAAUCGCAAUAUAUUGUAUCGCAAUACUCACUGUAUUCAAAAAUGUUAAAAAUCGCAAUAACAUCGUACCGUGGCCCAAGUAUGGUGAUAAUGUCCAAUCAUGGGGCCACUGGUGAUUCCCACCCCUAGUUUGCUUGAUACUUGUCCUGUUAUGCUGCGUUCGAGUUACCUCAGAAGUCAGAUGCCCGAGCUGAAAAUGACGUCACACCCAAGUUACGAGCACUUCGGUUACUAAGUCAGAAAAAAGCAAAAUCUGAGGCGGAAACAAGAUGGCUACAUCUACGAAAGUUAUUUUAGCGCUUGCCUUAUAAUUGGACAAGGCAAACGCUAAAAUAACUUUCGUACAUGUAGCCAUCUGUUGAUUUUGCUUUUUUCCGACUUGGUAACUGAAACUCUGGUUAACUCGGAUGUGACGUCAUUUUCGGCUCAGACUUCUAACUUCGGAGGUAACUCGGACGCAGCAUUAGUCCCUCACAAAGUAGAACAUUUGGGGUGUUAAGGAGGCGGUUUUGAACUUAAAAUCUAAACGUAAGAGGGUAUUUAUUCAAAAUAUAAUUUUGUCCGUAUAUUGCAGAUGGAGAGAGAGGCCCCAUGCCUUCAGGUCAGCGUGGUGCCUAUCAGAGAGCCUUGUCCAUGGAUGCCAAGCCCAUUGGUGCUGAGGGAGCAGUAGGAGGGGGGCUUGCUGGUCGAAGGAACGUGCCUUGUCCCUCAUUGAUCAAGCAGGAGAACAUGGAUGCUUCGAUCAGACCAGGGGGUGUUCCAAAUGGCUUCCCUGGAGGCAUGAAUACAUGUCCACCACGAGGACACCCAAUGAGUGAGUUCAUCACCUCCUUGUUUGAACAUCUUAGACAGUCUGGCUUCUUUGGGUGACCUGUUGCUCACAAAGUGGAGUCAUGGGAAUUGUUGCUUUCUCUGACAUCAGUUUUCUUCAAAUAUUAAAAAGUACAGGAGCAGUGAAUCAAGAACACACAAAAGGACUUCAUUGACCGAUGACAAACUCACUGAUUGUGGUCUUUCUGCCCUCCAGGGGGAAUGGGCAGGGGAAUGGGAAUGCCUCAGCGCCCUCCCAUGUCAGCUCCAGGGGAAUGGGGUAUGCCGAGAUCCAGCAGCAGUCCUGUUGCAGGACCAGGACACUCUGGAAUGGGUCGCUCUGGUCCAAUGGGUGGAUCUAUGAUCAACCGCUCCAACAGCGUACCUGGAAACACCCAGUCUAUGCUUCAGCAACAACUCAUGGAUAUGGGUAAAUCACAUGUUUCUGUUAAAGUGUGUGAAGCUGUACCUCAUCAUUGGUCGAUAGUUGUUUUGAUUAAGUAUAAAGCUCAGACUAGUUCUUUUUUUGUGGCUUUUUCUGGUUGUUAGCACUAAGAAAUGACUAAAGACUAUCAAUUGACUGUACAGGUACUGGUGAAGCCAAUAUGGGUAUGAACCGGUUUGGUGGGCCUCUACCUCAGUCUCCCUCCUGGCCAGACUCUGCCAUGGGAAUGGAUAGACCGCAGGGUAACACAAACAGGUAAACCCGCUUAAACUAUCCCUUCAACAUCAGUCCAACUUCAUCUGAAUUCAGUUACCACUGAGGGACAAAACAGAGAACAGCUGUGACUUUGCGUGUCCUGUCUUUUAGAGAUCAGUUUGGACACCCCCUCGACGAGCUGUUUGGGCCCCUGGCAGCCAGUGAGGGCCCAAGUGAUGAACGAGCACUUCUGGACCAGCUGGACUCUCUGCUAAAUACAGCUGAUGUCAUUGCUCUCCAGGAGAUAGACCGAGCCUUAGGCAUCCCUGAAAUAGUAGGACAGGUACAGAACGCACUAAAGUACACACUUUGUAUUGCACACCUUUCGACUUUAAAUUAUUUUUUUUUUAUCCAAACUUCUCUGACAUGCAACUCUUCUGCACCCCAGACCCAUGGACCAGAGGGCCAGCAGCAGGGACCAGAACAAGGCCAAGGUCAGUGCCCACCAUCUGAGUCUUUCCCAGGGCCAGACUCCUCCUUAGGCAUGGACCAAAAACCAAGUUACAGCCAAGGCUACCCUGGACCUCCAGGGCCCCCCUCUGUGGGUAUGCAGUCUGGUUACGGAGGCAACACGAUGCAAAACCAGUCUCCUGGAGGCUUCAACCCUAUGAUGAACCAGAUGGGCCAGACGGGGGGCUUUCCUGGCAUGGCCAACAUGGGCAACCCUCGUGCAAACAUGAUGCGACCUCGCAUGAUGACUGCCACCAAGCCUUUGCGACUGCAGUUGCAGCAGAGACUUCAAGGACAGCAGGUGAUCUCACACGCACACAGUGAUAAGCGCAACCUUAGGAAGACUUUUCAUAACAUUUUAUCAAGAACGUAGCCGGUUUUACAAAUUGAUAUGGCCCCUAAGUUAAAAGAGAACUAAAAAAAAACUCUACUGACAAGAGCUUUCUCUCAUCCCACAGUUUAUGAAUCAGGCUCGACAGGGCAUGAAAAUGGAACAUGUCCCUGGAGGAAACCCUGCCAUGCAUCAAGGCAUGCAACCGGGCAUGCAGCAGGGCAUGCAGCCCGGCAUGCAGCCUGCAGGCAUGGGCGGUCAGGUAUGCAGUCAAAUGUGUUUGCCACCUAAAUUAUAUAAAUCAUGAAGUCAUCCAAAGAAAUGAGGCUAAAGUUUUGAUGUUUGUUUGCAGCCUGGUUUUCUGAAUGCCCAGAUGAUGGCUCAGCGCAGCAGGGAGAUGAUGACUAUGCAGAUGAGGAGGCAGCGGAUGAUGAUGCUCAUGCAGCAGCAACAGAGGCAGGAACAAGGUGCACCCAGAGGCUUUAGCCCUCCCCCAAAUGUCACGGCACCAGGUGGAAUGGAGAACCCCAUGGGAGGACCCCCUAUGAACCAGCCUGGACAGCAAGGAUUUAACUAUGGGGGUAACUAUGGUAAGGUCAAUGAGACACAGUUUUAAACAGCAUCUUUCAUGAUCUUUGAACACACCCUUGACUCAUUUCUCAUUAUUGUUGUAUUUGCAGGAAUGAACCAACAGGGGGACCCAUCAUUCAUGGCCCCAGGUAGCAGCCCACCAGGAAACAUGAUGCAAGGACGGAUGGGAGGCCCUACUCAGAACAAUAUGAUGCAGGGGAUGCAGAGCAAUCCACAGGGAGGCCCCAUGUAUCCAUCAGGAGACAUGAAAGGCUGGCCACAGGGUGGCAUGCAGCGCAACAAGUAUGUAACAACUCCACACUUUUGUCAACUUUCAAAGAUAGGUUUGUCGUUAAAUUAACAAGAUGUUUCUAGCCCCAGCCCAGAGGCUUAACCUCACUGAACCACUAAAAUAUCAGAGAUGAAUGACAUCCUUUAUUUCUCUGUUUUCCAGCUCAUAUCCUCAGCAACAGUUCCCCCAGCAAGGUAACCAGGGCCAGUUUGGACCCAUGAUGAUGAAUAAUGCCAUGGGCGGACCUGGGCCAGUUGGUGGGGCAGGUGCUGGACAGAUGGGCCAGAUGCCAGGACAGAGGCCGGGCCAGAUGCAAGGCCAAAUGGGCAUGAACCCCAUGGGGAUGGGUAGAAUGCCAAUGGGACCUGAUCAGGUAAGUCACACUUUGACACACAAGAGUUUAUGUGAGGCUAAAGCUUUAAACCUCAUUUUCAAGAAUAAUACAGAAAUGUCGAUGAAAACUACUUCAUUUAAACCAUGAGGGGUAUUUCACAUUUCUUUAUUUUUUCUCUGUCGCAGAAAUAUUGUUGAUAAACUCGGGCUGAGGGCAGAACUGGGAGCCUGACAGCUGUGGCAGAGGGGUCUGCGCCCCUGAGGAGAGCCGGACCUGGACAAAAACUCAAAACACAAACGCAGGAGGAGUUCUCCAGAAUAAAACUUGAUGCAAGAAACACAAAACAACUCACAGUUCAUCCUGGAGGAAGAUAAAAAUGCACUGGGCUUCAUCUGCAAACAACACCACAAAUACUGUAACCUUGUUAAGGCGAUGCACAAACACAAAUAUCAGUGUGUGCUGGUGCAUGUUUGUGCGUGUUCAUGUGAAUGACCCGGUGCCGUCGGGCAGUAUUCAGUGUCACAGCUAGGCUGCAGAGCGGGACUAUGGUACAACUGGCUGUGGCGGCACUUUACCUGGAGGCGUCUGUGUGGAAUAAAGAUUGAUGCAAUAUUUCUUUAUCAUUACAGCCUUACUAGAGAUUCAAUGCCUUCAUUACAAUGGGUUUCUGUUUUCUUUCUUAUCCCUUGGAUGCGCCUCAUUCUUGAAGUCAUUGGAAGCUAUAAGCACACUGUUUUCUAUGUUAUGCAGAUUGGAGCAAUAAGUCAUGCCUCUACACUUUUGACUGUAACUGAGCAUCAAAGCCCCUGUUAUAAGCAAACAAAUGGUACUGCAGUAUUAGAUGUCUCAAAUGUCCUCUGUGAAUAUGAAUUGUAAAUAUUCCACAAAAUAUAUCAAACCUGCUUUUAAAGACCCGUAAUUGCACAAAGUAUGAGACCUGGUUGUAUUUUUGUGUCCCAUAGGUCAAUAAUACGGAUUUGGUUAAUUUGCUUUUUUAUGCCUUAGCAAAUCUAGCAGGUGUGUAUGGGUUUUUCUGUCUUUGUUGUUUUUCUGAAUGCUGUAUUUUAAAAAUUCCCAAAAAGUCAUGUAUUUCAUGUUUUAGCGAGGCACUUUUCUCUUGGGAUGAGUAUCUUAUGUGUGGAAGGUUUGAGCGUUCACACUUUCAGAGGUUUAGUUGGUAGGUGGUGAACGUAGGAUCAGAUUUUGUUUGGUUUUGUGUCAGCUGAGCCGCUCAGGCAUUCUGCAGUACAGCUGAGGACAAAAACACGCACUCUUCAGUUUACCAACAAGCCUGGUUCUCGCAGUGUUCAUCCCUCGGGUGUGUUUUUCUUCACCCCAUCUUCUUUUGACUGUUUUUGUUAACUUGCUGAAUCUACCUUUUCAACAUGCGCAAUCCAAAGAUACUUUUCCACAUCUCUGUAUAUUUUUAAGGUUUCAGGUGUACAUUUGUAAUGCUUUGUGUUAUAUUAGUCUGAUGGUAAAUGGGUACAUAUCACAGAUUUGAAAGAGCAUUUGAUGGUUAUGUACUGGAAGCGUAAAAGGUGUGGGGUUAAACUGUCCCACAGUGGGGAGCUGGUAUUGCAAUGUGGAGAGGACUUGACACAAAACCUCAGAACAUUUGAUUCUAACAUCUGGGGGGAAAAAAAGAAACUUACCAAGUUUUGCUGUGGAAAGAGACAAAACAAUGGAAUGAACUCUACUUUAAAACAUAUCAAUAUCUCUAUUUUUCAGGAAACUUCAUUUUAUGUCCAGAUUUUGUUACUUCAUGCAAAAGGAAUUUUCUAAAGUUUAAAUGAAGUGCAAAAAGAGGCAAUCGGUCAUUCGGUUUGUUUUCGUUUUUCUUUGUUUGGAGGAAGGAUAAGCUGUCAUUUUACAGGAUGUAUAUUACAGAUUUAUUCUGUUGAUGUUGAUAUUGCUGUAAAUACAAAUUUCUAUUUAAACACUCUUGUGUCCGUCUCCCUGUUUAUGAUCAUACUUGUAUCCAUGUAUUUCACUCAGUAUGACUCCAGUGGCGGGGAAUGUCAGGCACUAUAUUGCCAAAUAAUUACUAGGAUUGAAAAACACUCAAGAGCAUCAUGUCUGCGAGAUAAUAGAAGACAAACAAUCUGUAUCUGUAUUUUCAGGUUUCUAUCAAGCUCUCACAGCAGGGUGACCACAAAGAUGAUAAAUGACACAGUCUGAUGAGUGGUCAACAGAUCAGUUUUUUAAUAGCUGAUGUCGAUUACUUAAAUUGAGUGAACAUUUAAUCAAAUAAUUGUUGAUAGAACAGUACUUGGCUCAGUAAAAUCUUGCAACGAGGAACUUUUAGACUUCUGUCCAGCAUUCUGAAAUUGUUAUACUAUACAUCAUAACAGACAAAAAAACACAAGCAGGUGACUGUUUUAGAUUUGAUAUGCUGUUAAUGUUUCAUGAGAAAAGAACAUUUUCAAUGGCAAAAAAGUAUCAUGGUGAUAUAUUGAUAUGAUGCCGAUUAUACCAGAAUGCCAAUAAUAGGCCUAAUUAAUCCACCUUUCUUUAAUUGUGAUCCUAAACAAACAAAAACUAACAAAAAGCAAUGACUGAAAAUUUCUUCUGUAGAUGACACACUGAGUAAACUGUUGGGGAAGUAUUAGGACUGUUCACUAAAGCAAAAAGUUAACAGUUCUACAGAAAAAAACUGAAAUUUUUGAAAGAAUUAUCACACAGUCUACCCCUUGCAAUGAACUAUGGUUGACACUUUAUUAUUGUGGGGGAAAUACAAUACAACCUAAUUUCACUGGCCUGGAGUGGUCUCGAGACAAAAUUAAAUCAAGAAUGAUGUUUAGUCAAACAAAAUAGUUUCAUUAAACAAAGAUGAACAAAAAAAAACUGUUUUAUGAGAGGACAUUUGCGUAGAUGAACUGCAAACAGACCUAAUGUGAAAGGUAAGUAGAGGAGUUCCAGUAUGUAAAGAAUAAAAUGUGUAAGUGUGAAUUUUGUGGAGUAGAAGUUACAAAAGUAUCGAAAAAAAUAUUUAAUUUACCUGAACACACUGAAAAUAGAGUAUUGUUCUGUAUUAUUACAUGAUUAACCUUGAAUUUGAACAGCAUUGUUCAUGUAUUCAGGCCCACGUGUGAAGAUAAUAGAGCUGUCAUAUAAAUUAAGAAUAAAAAGUGAAAAAAUUCUGACAUAUGAAAAGACUCUAAAUUGUACAAAUAAUUUAAGUUGUACAGGCCCUCAGUUCUUGAAUUUUUAGUCCAAAUUUGAGUGUUUUGUAUAUCACCAGAGGAGGGCGCUGUCGCCCACUAAUACCUCUUGUAAGGAGUGCUACACAGCUCAUUUAAAACAGGCUAUAAGGUUACUAAUAACUAUGGGAUUUCUUCUCACCACAGGGGGGCGCUAAGCAUCUGAGGGUCAAAGAGGGGGCAGGGGGUUUGUCUUAUGUUAACUAAUUGAUUGUAAAAUAUUGAUAGUUUGAAAAGAUUCAUACAGUAGCUCCAAGACAAAUGACUUACUAACUAGAUGAAAUGGUUACCAGUCAGUCAGACUGAAUUAGACCUGAACAGCCUGGGGCUCUUCUUCUUCUUCUCCACAGCACGAGCAGAUUAUGUAAGAGUGAUCUUAAUCUGCCAUACGGAGCUGAUACUUAUCAAUAAUUAGUCUAUAAAGAGUGAAGAUGACAUAAAGGAUAUAAUUCAUUUAU